AUGCUAAACCAACAGCCUCCUGUUGCCAGCUCCUUAAACAAAGUUAUCUUUUCUCGAGUUUGGAAAAACUACAGGAAGGUAAUAUCCAACACGUGUGAAGGUGGGGUGAACAAGGAGCAGAGCGCCAAGCAGCACAACUGUCCUCUGCUGCCCCCUAAAGGACUGCAGGUCGGCAUCAAAGGGCAGAUGUUGGCCGUGGCUCCUGGUGAUGACAUCACAUUUAUCGUCCACCAAGAACAGGGAGACACCAGCAGCACCAAAUACCAGGUGGACCUCGGCGACGGGGUCCGGGCGAUCUACCAGAACCUGACAGUGACGGACGAGCCCAUCCAGCAUCGCUACGAACAGCCAGGAGUUUACAAAGUUACAGUGAUGGCUGAGAACAUGGCAGGGCACGACGAGGCCACCAUGUACAUCCAGGUCACAGAUAACUUCCAGGUCAUCCCUCUGAGCUUCAGCAGGAACCUGGACCGCUUCAACCCAAACAUCCCCGAGUGGAGAGCCGACAUCGGCCAGGUGGUCACCAAACUACUCACAAAGAUCACAGGUGUCCCUCAGGAGUCCCUGGUUACAGUGGUGAAUCCGGGCCUGCCCACCUCAGCCGACCUGUACGUCCUCCCGCAGGACAGCAAACCAGACAAGAGGAACAUGUUUGUAGAUAAGCGUAUCCCAGCCAUCAUGCAGGCCUUUAACAACAACAACGUCAGCUUCGUGGUGCGCGGGGGUCUCAAAGUGCUGGUGAUGCUAGCAGACCCGAACGCAGGGCUAGGUCUAAUUGCUAACGGCUCCACAGCUGCAGCGGCAGAGAAUGGCUACCAUGGAGCUGCUGGAGGUCCGGGUGUUUGGGCUGGGGCGGUCAUCUUCCUUAUCAGCCUCAUCGCCACCGGAUCCUUUAUCCUGUACAAGUUUAAAAGUCCUUUGCUUAGGACUGAGGACGCCUAUCCCCCGCUGUUUUUCAGGAAGCUUCCGGGCAACCGCAACGUCUACGCCCAGAUGCACAACGAGAAGGAGCAGGAGAUGACCAGCCCCGUCAACCACAGUGAGGACACGCAGCACAUCAUCCAGGGCGAGGAGUUCAUCGACGACGACCUGGACUCGCAGACUCUAGGCAACCACUCAGGUGUUGUCCUGAGCAUCAACUCCAGAGAACUGCACAGUUACCUGACCAGCUGAUGGCUGCCAUGGCAACGCUAACGAGCUAGCUCAGCCUAGCCGGCUAACGAGCACAGGGACUCCACUCUGCCUUCCUCCUUUUUUCUCCUCUCUCUCUUUUUUUUCGUCUUUUCCUCGUCUUCUUCGGACACUUCACCUCCGCUCCACGGCCUCCUCAACCCUUCUGCUCCAGCUUUGGUGUUAUGUUUUAUUUCUCUGGAGAAAGGACUGUCUUCUUCUUCAUGUCGAACCUGGUUUUCCCCCAACUCCAUCUCUAUCUGAGAUGGGAGGCGCUCUGCUUUACAUUUUUUUUUUCACUUCCUGCAGCAGCCCUGGAGACGAGCACUGACACCCUUAGAGGUUGGAGGUUUUAAUGACGUCACACUGAGAAUCCUCACUUAUCUGUGUUUUUGAAGAACAAAAAGUGUGUGUGCGCUGUCUGUUACUUAUCAACACUCAAAAUUAGCAAGCAUGACUCACUGCAGGUGAAGGUGUGACCAUCCAUUGCCGGCAGGCCGUAGCCACAGAGGACUGCUGUAUUUUCUCAAAGCAUAAAGGGUGAUGUGACCAAGGUUGUAAAGUGAGAUUCACCAUAUUCAUAGGGUACCAAUUUACCUCUGGCUUCGUUCUCAUCGAGGGAAGCUUGAAUGCUGUAAUUAUUUUCCACUGUCAUGUUUGAGAGAGAAAGUCAUACACUGUAAACAGAGGGUUUAUAAGGAUGCUUUCACAGCUGGAUGGUUUGGAGAAGCUCUGAAACAGGGGGUGUUUCUCCUCCUUUGUCCGUUUGGACAAAUGUGAACACUGCAAUCACACUCUGUUGUGGAACAAAACAAGCGAGCCGACAUCGCCUAAGAGGUGGUCUUUCAAAGGUGUGCACAGUUAAACAGAAAUGUAACUGUGUUAACCAUUAGCAAAGACCUGGAUAUCAGUUAAUCACUUACUCCCAUUAUUAAUGAACUGAAGUUAACAUUGACAUUACAGUACUCUCGGACCAUGUGACCAUUUCAAAACUAAACCAACACAGAAGCCACAAUCUACGCAUCUGUCAGACCACCAACGAAAACAAGAUUUAUUUGUCUUACCGUCUGAAGGUCGACUGUAGCUUCUCUUGCGGUCAUAAUAUUCCAACAACAACGAUCCUGCUGCAUCAAAACAGUCCCUACAAUCCAAAUCCAGAAAAAGAUUGAAUCCAAACACAUUACAUCCAUAAAGAUGAACAGAUUGCUGACGAAAAUGUAUUAUCUCUGUACUAAUCCAUGAAGCUUUCGAUUGACAUUGAUCGAAUCCUAACGUUUUAAUGUUCAGACAUGUUUAUAAAACUUGGAACCUUCAACACAGAAUUCAAACGUAAAACCAGCUCGGGUUGCUUUACGAUACCAGAUUUGUAAGCACCAUAUCAUACCUGUUGGGAUACCACAGGGAGAAAAAAACAAGUCCUUGAUAUCUGAUAUUGGGUUACUUCUUGUUUAUAAUUACCAAAACAAUGCAAACUGUACAAAAACAUAAAUCAACGUUUCAGUGCUGAAGGGUUGCCAAUGUAUGUAUGCAAUCUAGACAGCGCUGUCUCUCUCUUCCUCACAUAGUUAAAAAUAUGAUUGAGGAUCUGACGUUUACAAAAUGAAAGAUUCUUUACUUCUCGAUACUACGGAUAAUUAAAAUCACAGAGAGAUUGCAUGGUUUUCAAACACAUAGUCUCACAAAGUACCGGACAAUGUUGACAACUUUACUAGCAGCUUCUGAAGCCACAAUGAGCUCCAGGUCACUGAGAAAUGGCCGCCAUGUGAAUAUGAUGAAUUUCAAAGAGAUGAAAUUGUUACUCUUGCUCUUUUUUGUGUUUAUCUCUCUUUUAUUCCCACAAUGACUCUCUUCACAGGCAAUAAUAUGCUCUCUGUGGAAUGUAGGAUUGCAUAAACCCUUGUGAAUUUGCAUAAUGACAAGCAUGCAAACACAAGAGGGCGGUGUUGCACUUUUUUGUAAAAUCCCACUCACAGGUACAAGGAAGAAAAACAAAGCUUAAAGUCCCAGAGCAGUCUUAAGACUUGUAUGUUUGUUUUAAGAUCAGAUCACAGCAGUUUGUUGGGAGGGGGGGGUUCAAAUCAGCACCACCUUUUUGUCCGUCCCAUGGUGCCUAAAACAGCAGAUCUGAAUCUGCUCAGUAACAUUACCUGUUGAGUUUAUUUAUUUCUAAUAACAGAACGCCCCUUCCUCCUCUUCUUCCUCCUCCUCCUCCUCCUCCUCCCCACUUGUCCUGGAUCAGAGAGACUCCUGGAGACAAAGGCCGCUGUCAUGGAGGGAAGGUGUAGUUGAUAUUUUAGUGUAUCAGCCUAUAUUAGGCGUAGCCCGCGGUUGAAUCAUGUCUCCUUAAAGGUUCGGUUUGUUUGUAUGUAAAUGUGUAAAUAUGAUCAAUCUCCACUUUGUACAUACUCCCUUUGACAUGUGUGAGUGUUUUACACUUCCACCAAAACACACAGCAUUAUUUUUGUUUUUUUGUUUUUUAGAGUGAACCUUCACCGAGUCGAGUGAAUUUGAAAAACUCUCACUGUUUACAGUUUCAUCAACGCCAUUGCCUGCUUCACAUGUACGCAUUUUUUCGAUUCUUUCGGUGUGAUCUCAUGUGUAAGAUAAGUUUUUCCAUCUUCAUCGUUAACUGAAAAUUAAUUCAUUGUCUCAUAAAGAUACUCACGACGACACAGUGGAAACUAUGUAUAUGGAUAUUUUUGAUACACUUGUCAUUUUUCUCAACACGUGUGAACACUGGUUAAUGUUUCUGUUGCCUUUUUGCUGAUGUUUUGAUUGGUUGUGUGAUUGCACUAACGAUGUAAGCUGAGCUGCAGACACAUGCCUGAGUAAGUCUGCACACUCUCCACGGACAGGUCUUUGGACAAAAGGCCUUUAAAGACUACAAAUACCACAAGCACCACCCCUCAGUUCGUCUUAUAUUUGAUACAAACAGACCACAUUCACUCGUUCUGGUUUACGCUUCAUCUUUUGUACAUAUUCUGCUCAUGGUCGACUUGUUCUUAGCUUUCUAGUGAUGUGUCGUCAUUGUGUCGGGGGGAGGGGGGGAGUGGGAAUGAUGGAUAUUCCAAUAUAAUAGGAAAGGAGUUUCACAGCUGAUGGCACCAAUCAAGCAGUUUUGACCACACCGUUUUGUUUUGAUUUUGUUCUUCUUUCCUGCAGUAUGUUCGAUUUGUUAAGUUUUGCUAUUAAAACAAUUGUGUGUCCUCAUCAGGGAGCGUUGUGCACUCAACCUGCAUACUGGAAUAAAUCACUCCCAUAACUUG